AUGGCGCCGGCGAGCGGGACCAGCGGGAAAGGGGGGCGGUGGGCGAAGCUCCGCUGCGCCGCCGGGACGGCGCUCGCGAUUGUGGUGGCCUUCGGCCUCGCGGUGCUCAUCGUUUGGUUCAUCGUCCGGCCGGCGCCGCUGGAGUUCGCCGUUGACGACGCCCGUGUCCGCGGGGUCAACAUCACCGACGGCCGUCUCAACGCCACGUUCGAGGUCAGCAUAUGGGCCGACAACAGAAACAACAAGGUCAGCGUUUACUACGACGCCAUGGAAGUGAGGGUGGUCUAUGAUGACCAGGCAGUGGCGUUCGCCGAGGUGGCGCCCUUCUUCCACCCGCACCACAACGCGACGGAGAUACGCGUGACGGCGGCGGCGGUGGCUGCGCCGCUGGGGGAGUCGGCGAGGAGGGAGCUGCGGAGGGACAUCGCCGGCGGGAAGAUUGUCGUGGAGGUAGCCGUGAGGGCGAGGAUACGCUACCGCAUAGCGACCUUCAAGUCGCACCACUACACGCUGCGGGCCUACUGCACACCGGUGGACCUGUAUCUCUCCCCGUCCACCCCCAGCAGCACGACCAACUGUGACGUCGAGUUCUGA